CAGCUAACCAACUUCCCUUCACACUACGAUUGCAUUGUAAACAGCAGCAGCCACCAGCAACUACCAUGGACAUUGCCAUCCAUCACCCCUGGAUCAGAAGAGCACUUGGAUCCCUCUAUCCAAGCCGACUCUUUGAUCAGUUUUUUGGGGAGGGCCUCUAUGACUACGACCUUUUUCCUUUCGCCACCUCGACCAUCAGCCCUUUCUACAGACAGUCCCUCGCUCGCAAUUACCUGGAAUCAACCAACUCUGGAAUCUCUGAGGUGCGAUCUGACAGAGACAAGUUCACAAUUUACCUGGAUGUGAAACAUUUCUCACCUGAGGAACUCAGUGUGAAGAUUGUGGAUGAUUAUGUAGAAAUCCAAGGCAAACAUGGAGAAAGACAGGAUGACCAUGGCUAUAUUUCUCGUGAGUUCCAUCGCCGCUACCGCCUGCCCUCAAAUGUGGACCAGUCAGUCAUUACCUGCUCGCUGUCUUCCGAUGGGCUCCUGACCUUCUGCGGGCCCAAAAUUCAGAUGGGCACAGACUCCAACCGCAGAGACCGCAACAUCCCUGUCACCUGUGAGGAGAAGCCAACCUCUGCUGCUUCCUCUUAGGCGGAUCCUGGAAAAGGAUCAGGUUUUUCUUCCUUUCUCUCUGAACCAGAGAGCCAUUUCAUAGAUAUCAGUGCAUAUCAGGAUUUUUUUUUCUCUUUUUAUUUUAAAGUUAUUAUUGAAAGGAUCAAUGGAGACAUAGCAGGGGUUUAAAGCUUAAGGUGAGAGAAAAAUCUGCGAGAAAGAAAUCUGCUUGUAACCUGUUCAUCCUAGAUAUUCUGACCAAUACAUGGGGCAAAAUGUGUUAAAUCUUUCAAUAAAACUAGUUUGGACCUAUAAGGGAGAUUCCACUUCUUCAGGUUAAAUUCCAUAUAAGUGAAAAGUCGGUCUAUUUUAUGCAGAGUUACCAACAGCUGCAAUUUUUCAAGCAAAAAUGCAGUUGGAUGUAGAAAACACUUUUGAAUUAGUAUGUGCUUACAGGCCCGUAUGAAAACUCAAAAGGGGGCUAUGGGAGGGAAGCAGGUUAAAUGUACACUGAUGUCAGUACGAGGAUAUUCAUGGUCAGAGAGAUUCCACAUUUGGGACACGUUCCUACAAAGCCAUCCACCCACAGGGCUUUCCACUCCUGUUCUGAUCCUUUUGUAAUCCCAUCUUUCUUAUGCUUUCCUGUCAUGUAGUUUUGCUGUUAAAACUGAUAUCUGGCACAUCAUUUAAAAUCUAAUAAAGUUGUAAAAUUAACAAAAGGAAAAA